AACAUUAUAAAAUCUAAACUCACACUAAAACCCCAGAAAGAAAACAGGCAUAUUCCAUACACCCCCGACAAUGAGCUAAUUUUAUUUUUAGCAGCAUCUCCCAAUUAGGGCUUUUCUCCACAAAAAAAAUCAAGUUUCGUACCCUCCAUUUUCCCCCCAAUUCUGGCGCAGGUGGAUGUAAAUCACUCGCCGUAAAGUAGUUUCGGCAUUUGAAUUUGUUCGGAUUUCUUCAUUAAAAUGGCUUCCACCGGACAACCAGCUUCUUCAUUAAAGAGAGCUUCGUCCACUUCCAGUGAAGGCGACGAGCUUAUAAUAACACCCCUCGGCGCCGGAAACGAAGUCGGCCGCUCCUGCGUUCACAUGUCUUACAAGGGCAAAACUGUCAUGUUUGACUGCGGUAUUCACCCUGCUUUCUCCGGCAUGGCUGCAUUGCCUUACUUUGAUGAAAUUGACCCUUCCGCUAUCGACGUUCUUCUUGUUACCCACUUUCACUUGGACCAUGCUGCUUCGCUUCCAUAUUUUCUGGAGAAGACCACUUUCAGAGGACGGGUUUUUAUGACUCAUGCAACCAAAGCUAUUUACAAGUUGCUUCUAUCAGAUUACGUUAAAGUCAGCAAGGUCUCAGUUGAAGAUAUGUUAUACGACGAACAGGACAUACUUCGCUCCAUGGAUAAAAUCGAGGUUAUUGACUUCCACCAGACACUGGAGGUAAACGGGGUCCGCUUCUGGUGCUACACUGCGGGCCACGUCCUGGGUGCUGCCAUGUUCAUGGUGGACAUAGCCGGAGUCCGGGUCCUCUAUACCGGAGACUACUCCCGCGAGGAGGACCGCCACCUCCGCGCCGCCGAGCUCCCCCAGUUCUCGCCGGACGUCUGCAUCAUCGAGUCAACCUACGGGGUCCAGACCCACCAGCCCCGCCACAUACGCGAGAAGCUCUUCACUGACGUCAUCCACUCCACUGUCUCCCAGGGCGGCCGCGUGUUAAUUCCCGCUUAUGCCCUCGGCCGAGCCCAGGAAUUACUCCUCAUACUCGACGAAUACUGGUCCAACCACCCGGAGCUCCACAACGUCCCCAUAUACUACGCCUCCCCUUUGGCCAAGCGGUGCAUGGCCGUCUACCAGACCUACAUCAACUCCAUGAACGACAGAAUUCGUAACCAGUUCGCCAAUUCGAACCCGUUCGACUUCAAACAUAUCUCCCCCUUGAAAAGCAUCGACGAGUUUCGCGAUGUGGGCCCCGCAGUGGUCAUGGCCAGCCCGGGUGGGCUCCAGAGCGGGCUCUCGAGACAGCUGUUCGAUAAAUGGUGCUCGGAUAAAAAAAACGCGUGUGUUAUACCUGGUUAUGUUGUAGAAGGCACUAUGGCGAAGACUAUUAUAAACGAGCCGAAGGAAGUUACUCUUGCGAGUGGUUUGACUGCUCCUCUCAACAUGCAGGUUCACUACAUUUCAUUUUCAGCCCACGCGGAUUAUAUUCAAACGAGCACGUUUCUGAAGGAGCUUAUGCCGCCGAAUAUAAUAUUGGUCCACGGUGGAUCGAUCGAAAUGGGAAGGCUCAAGCAGAAGCUGGUCUCGCUCUUUGCAGACGGCAACACGAAAAUCAUAACUCCGAAGAACUGCCAGUCGGUGGAGAUGCACUUCAACUCCCAGAAGACGGCGAAAGCUAUCGGAAAGCUGGCAGCAAAGCCGCCAGCCGCCGGAGAAACGGUUAGCGGCUUGCUCGUCAAGAAAGGGUUCACCUAUCAGAUAAUGGCGCCGGAGGAUCUCCAUGUCUUUUCUCAACUAUCCACGGGUAAUGUUAUCCAGAGGAUCACAAUCCCUUAUUCUGGUGCCUUUGCUGUGAUAAAACACAGGCUUAAACAGAUAUACGAGAGUGUGGACCCCACAAUCGACGAGGAAUCUGGGGUCGAGGCUCUGAGGGUGCACGAGAGGGUUACGGUGAAGCGGGAGUCGGAGAAUCACGUCUCGCUGCACUGGGCGGCGGACCCCAUUUCCGAUAUGGUGUCGGAUUCGGUGGUGGCUUUGGUUCUGAACGCGAGUAGGGAUUUGCCUAAGGUGGUAGUGGAGUCUGAGGAGACGGGCGGUGAAGAGGCGGCAAAGAAAGGGGACAAGAUUGUGCACGCGCUUCUCGUUUCUCUGUUUGGGGAUGUGAAGUACGGCGGGGAGGAGGGGAAGGUGGUGAUAAAUGUGGACGGGAAUGUGGCCCACCUCGAUAAACGCAGCGGCGAGGUGGAGAGCGAGAACGAGGGGCUUAAGGAACGUGUUAGGACGGCUUUCCGGAGAAUCUCCGGUGCCGUUAAGCCGAUACCUCUUCAAGAAUCUUAGUACCUCUAACCUCAAAAAGUUGUAAUCUUUUUCUUAUGUACGAACACUUUCUGCCUGAUUUUAACUUCAAUUAUCUUUAUACAUUUUGGUUGAAGGUCCAGUUAAAUAUUUGACAAAUGACUUAAUUUUUCUUAUC